UAAAUAUGGCUUAUUUGUCCUUGUUCAAUUUCACCUUCCUAUAUUUCCUGACAAAAGGGUAUUUAAAAGCUCCUGCUUUAGCCUGCUUGCCUGUUCUCAUUGUUCCCUACAAGUGCUUGUGGAUCUUGGCACUUCCUUUGGAGAGCUGUAUCGCUCUUGUUUUGUACAAAAUCUACAUUCCUAAGCAUCCAUUAUCACAUGCUUGGUAACAAAGUCAGUGAACAGCCACAAGCCAAAUUGCCUCUGAAAAAGGAAGCAAAAACUUUGGCUCCUGGAAAAGUUAUUGCUAAAAAAAUAUCAAACUUCAAAGCACCUGAGCCUGUGUCUGUACCUGUGCCCCAACCAGAGCCAGAACAUGAGCCUGUUAAAGAAGAAAAACUUUCUCCGGAGCCUAUUUUGGUUGAUACUCCAUCUCCAAGCCCAGUGGAAACAUCUGGAUGUGCUCCUGCAGAAGAAUAUCUGUGUCAGGCUCUCUCUGAUGUAAUUCUUACAGUGAAUGAUGUGGAUGCAGAAAAUGGAGCUGAUCCAAACCUUUGUAGUGAAUAUGUGAAAGAUAUUUAUGCUUAUCUGAGACAACUUGAGGAAGAGCAAGCAGUAAGACCAAAAUACCUACUGGGUCGUGAAGUCACUGGAAACAUGAGAGCCAUCCUAAUUGACUGGCUAGUGCAGGUUCAAAUGAAAUUCAGGUUACUGCAGGAGACCAUGUACAUGACUGUUUCCCUUAUUGAUCGGCUCAUGCAGAAUAAUUGUGUACCCAAGAAGAUGAUGUAGCUGGUUGGUGUCACUGCCAUGUUUAUUGCAAGUAAAUACGAAGAAAUGUACCCUCCAGAAAUUGGUAACUUUGCCUUUGUGACUGACGACUCUUACACCAAGCACCAAAUCAGACAGAUGGAAAUGAAGAUUCUAAGAUCUUUACAUUUUGGUCUGGGCCGCCCUCUACCCCUGCACUUCCUUCGGAGAGCAUCUAAGAUUGGAGAGGUUGGUGUUGAGCAACAUACUUUGGCCAAAUACCUGAUGGAACUAACUAUGCUGGAUUACGAUAUGGUACACUUUCCUCCUUCUCAGAUUGCGGCAGGAACUUUUUGCCUGGCACUAAAAAUUCUCGACAAUGGUGAAUGGACACCAACUUGACAGCAUUACCUGUCAUACACUGAAGAAUCCCUUCUAAAUAUUAUGCAACACCUGGCUAAGAAUAUAGUCAUGGUGAAUCGUGGGCUUACAAAGCACAUGACUAUCAAGAACAAGUAUGCCACAUCUAAGCAUGCUAAGAUCAGCACUCUAGCACAACUAAAUUCUGCACUAGUUCAAGAUUUAGCCAAGGCUGUGACAAAGGUUUAACUUGUAAACAUGAGUUGGAGUACUAUAAUAACUACAAAUAAAAUUGGCACCAUGUGCCAUCUGUACAUAUUAUAUGUUAUGUUUAUUUACUUUUAAUAAAGUUUGUGGUAUU